AUGAGAAUCUGGACCAAGCUCAGGAUCCCGAGCUCGCUCACGCUUCGGCCAGUUGAGCGUUACGGGCUUCGACCUCGCCCAGUUCUGGUCCUGCCAAGCAGAUCUCCCCUUUCAACCGGAACCACAGGAUUUCAGCAUGUGCAAAGAUCAGGGCCGCAAUACGCUUACGGUGUCUUGCCUCUCUUUGGGAAACGGCCAUCAUCAACGCAAAGAAUCCCCUCCGACACCGAGCUUGUGGACGCCGUACUCGAUGCAUCGGAUUCUAACUUGAACACCAAAAAUGGCAGAAUCACCUGUGUCUAUUUCGACAGGUCUGGCCAUUUCAAAUCCGAGCACAAACUACUCACAAAGGCCGAGAUUGCUGAGCAAUUCGACCUCCGCCACCGCGAUCUACGGGACAUCGAUCUCAAGUCUGAGGCCGUCACGCGCAUCCUGGUGAGACCAACCACCAUCUUGCUGCAAUUCUUCCAGUUAUGUAUGAUCAUCCAAGCGGAUGAAGCACUCCUGAUCCACAACCUGCCACAAGCCAGCAGUGACAGCGACGACGACAACGAGUCUCCGAGGAAAGACGAAGGCGAAUUCUAUCGUGAAUUCGAGCGCCGCAUGUCGGGUCCCACCAUUGAAGCAGCCGACGUGCCCGAACUCCCCUACGAGUUGCGCGCUGUGGAAGCCGCGCUGGUGGCAGUCCUCUCUGGACUUCGCGACGAUCUUCUUGACGCACGCCAGAAAGCAGAAGAAUCCGCAGCGAGCCUGAGACUCGAUUCGGGCCUCGCUGCUGUUGGCUUGAACCUCGUCUUCGACCGCACUCGCCGGCUGACCAAGAUCGAGCAGAAAGCUAGGCUCGUGCGGGACACGAUCCGCGAGGUGCUCGAUACAGAUGAAGAUUUAGCAGGGAUGUAUCUCUCUGACCGACUGGCUGGGAAACCGCACGCGAUCUCGGACCACCAAGAGGCCGAGUACAUGCUUGAAGCGUACCACAAAGCCGCCGAUACGCUGGUCGAAUCCGCGCAGGCGGCCAUCGACAUUUUGCGCAAGAAGGAGAAUACAUUCCGCUCCUCGCUGGCGGUGCAGAGAAACCAAAUCAUGUUCCUCGAGGCGAGGAUUGCCAUCCACACUUUGGGACUCGCUGCGGGCACCAUGGCCGCAGGAUUGUUCGGCAUGAAUCUGUUGAAUUACCUGGAAGAGGCCCCGUAUGGGUUCUUCUGGAUCACAGGUGCUUGCGUGGUCCUGAGUGCGUUGUUCUCCAUGCAGGGCAUGAGGAGUUUGAGAAGGAUACAGACGCUCAAGGGGUUUGAGGGGUCGAGAUUUGGAGGGCGUCGAUUUUAG